CUUAUAUAUUCGUGCUACAGUGGAUCAGUUUCCAAAGAAACAUCAAGAAAUAAGAAUAAAAUCUGGAUUAAGUGUCGAGUUCGUUUUGCAUACAUGAUGUCUACAGCCAUAAUGCAUCAGUCUGCCCUGCAUGACUUUGGUGAUCUGUUCUUGAAGGUUAGUCCCGAACUAUUGUGUUUGCUACAAAAUGAAGUCGAAACAAACAAUCAAACUCGACCAGUGCAGACGAUGAAUGGGAACAUAGGCGGUGCAAUUGGACCAAUCGGUGCUAACUCAGUCUCAAGUGGUCUAAGCUGGGAGCAGCAUCCAGUGCUGUCGCGCGCUUCCUCUGUACCAGCGCAUCGUGCCUUAGCCGGUCUCUUAGACCGUCUGGGUCAUCGCCGUCUCGAACGCACCACCAGUGAACCGGCUCCUCCGCCACCAGCCACAAGUCGCUACAAGACCGAGCUCUGCCGACCGUUUGAAGAAGCGGGGGUUUGUAAAUAUGGGGAUAAAUGCCAAUUUGCUCACGGCGUCCGCGAACUACGCAAUCUUCAGCGUCAUCCUAAAUACAAGACGGAGCUGUGUCGCACUUUCCAUUCGGUUGGCUUCUGUCCUUAUGGACCGCGUUGCCAUUUCGUGCAUAACGCAGAGGAAGCAAGACGCAGAGAACCAUCGUCGCCAGGAGGUUCAUUGGCAUCGCUCUCAUCGGGCGGAUCUAUGGCGUCGUAUAUGAGCGACGGGUCGCGAUCGCCACGCUCGCCGCAUUCUCCAUUGACGCCUCACUCUCCACCUGCGAUGUCGCCACCAGCACAGGCCACAGCUUUCGCUUUUCGCCGCACGAACUCCCCCGAUCCGGAAGACGACCGACUGCCCGUUUUUAACCGACUCUCAUCGGCUCUCGGCGAUCUCGUCAUCGCUUAGUGCGAUGGACUAGUCCUAAGUUAAUUUAUACCGAGUAUAGCAUAAGAAUCGUCCGACACCGUAGUGCCUCCUCGACGUCUUCCAGACCGCGCACGAGCGACGUCCCGGUCGCCGCGCCUCGCGCAUUUGCACACCCGCUCAACGAAUGAUCUCCUGAUGUUUAUCGAUGGUCUUUUGUUAAUACUUUCGACCAGUAAUAAAUCUUUAACAUUUACGAAGUGUUCACUGGCGUCUCGAAAGUUUGCGGUGUGAUUAGUUUGUUACGUUCAAUUUUAGUUAUCGGCACGCACUUGUACAUGGCACCUUUAUUAUUAUUAGAUAUUUAUUAGCUCGCGGAAGUCUUCCCGAUGCGAUCCUCCGCCGAGCGGUGGUCUCUGUAAAGUUAGCUUUUAGAACAUUAUUUAUUUCGUACUGCCUGUCCGCGCUCGGUACCGUACCGCGAGAAGGCGCUCGUGAUCUAUUUUUAAGUGUAUAAGAUAAUAAUUUAUUAUUUAUUUCGAGUCUCUUAACUUUAAUAAUUAUUUUGUAGCUAGCUGCUGCGAUGCCACACCGCAUACGGACGAGGCCUGCGUCGCUGGGACGUGGCUCGUUUUGAUACACAAUGAGGCUGAUUCUGACCCAAACAAUUAACAAUCUCAGUCCUGUAGAACUGUGGACGGAAUCAGUUGAUGUUCUUUACCUCGAGAGCUCGGCCUGACAACAUUUAAAAAAAAUUUGGUGACUUAAAAGGAAUUGAUACGAAUGUAAUAAAUGCCGAAUAUUAAAUCGCUGUGGCGAAGUUUUAGUACUGCACAAAUCCUCUGUAAUCAUAUCUAUGAAUACAAAACGCACGUAACGUCGCCUCCUCUCCUCUCUCGACCUGUCUGGAAAGAAUGAUUUUUUUCUUUCGUGCCGCCGAGGCGGUCAUCUUAAACCUGUUUGGUGUUUAGGUGAUUGUUUUUUCGAACUCACUCCGCAGCGCUACUCCCUUGCAUCGUCGCUGGAGAAUUAUAGAAAUCUGUAAUCGUAUCUGUCUGUAUCUAAAAAAAAAACUCUACAAUCCUUGAAAUUGAACGGCCGAACUCUGGAGGUCUCGUGCACCGCAAAACUUGAAAGAAUAUCACAUAAAGCAUGUGUAUAAUGUUGACGAACUUUAGCCGUAACACGUGUGUUGUCGGCGCGAACGAAGGCGACAAUCGUAUCUUGAGCUUCCACGUCUGAGAUCCGUCGACGACACACAAAACGAAUCGUGCCUUUAAACUAAAUACGAUUAUAUUUAACUUUUAAUUUAUCGAGAUAGAUUGAUUGUUUAUUUAUUGUCUGCUUUGAAUAAUAUAUUCAAAAUUGGCACAGUUAUUAUUUUUGUACUUGACCGAACUAAAUAUAGUUUCGAUAUAUAGCAUAGUUUUUUUUUUCUUUGAAUUUAAAGUGUGAUAUUUUAUAAUAUUUAUGAUAACAAAGUCUAAUUUUUAUUGUAAGGGACCAAUAGGUGAUUAGCAGAAAUUCUGAAGAAAA